AUGUUGUAUCCCUCUAUGGAACAACCUGAAAACGACGAACUGAAUGAUUCUAGAGACGUUGUUAGCAAGGAUGACAGCAACGCUCUGAUGGAAGAACAGAUGUCUUCUUCGCAGGAUCAUGUGGACGAUGGUCCUCAAAAACCCCAACACAUUUUCGUUUUGGACCGAGAGUCUUCAUUAGGCAAACGAGAGCAUGACUCGGCCGUUGGUCGAAGGCCAUCUGGGUCUUCUGUUGCUAGCCUCUCUCCCACUAAUUCACCUGUCAGAAAUACCCGAGCCCAUGGUAAAAAGAAGCAAAAAUUGUCGGCUCGGAUGCGCAAAAGACGGCUCGAACGAAGUUUUGGAAGCGAUUUCAAACCAGGAACCAUACGACAUCGACUCAACUUUUUGCAGCACAACUUUGGUGAUCAACUGGCUCUGAUUGAAGAGUCACUCCCACAGACCUUUCAUCGAAAUAUGAAUUUGGAAACCUUUAUCAAAAACAAGGCGGAGCAGCAUGAACAGCACUCGAAUGACGACUCCUCCCAUAGACGAUCUCCGUCCUUUCGACGAUCGCCAGAACGUCAACGCAAGCCUUCGGCUGUGAAGCAGGAAAUGUCCGGGAUUCAGGAGGCACAAUCAGCAGAUCAAGGGGAAAUGGCAGAAAUCAUGACCUUUGCGCCUCGCGAAACACCUCAUUUUGAAAAUUCUUCCUCCAAUUUAUCAGAUCAUUCCGAGCAUACAUCGAAUACCACAACAUCAUUUUCACAUGCCGGUACGUUCCCACUGGAUCGAAGUGCCAGGGAAUGGCGACUUUCUAAAUUCUUGGAAGAGUCUCCACCUCCUUCUCCUACUCCAGCGUCUCCUUUUGGAAAGCGCGAAGUAUCGCUUCCGGCAGAUGCUGCUGCUCUUCCAGUUGUACCAAGUUUGGAUGCGAGCGAUGCAUCCCCAGCUGCUGCUGUGGAAGAAAAGGAUGCCGCUGUGGUUCCAGAACCCAGUGAUGUUCCGGUUCCAGAUGUUCCGGUUCCAGUGGAAAAGGAUGCUGCUCCAGCCAGUGAUGUUCCCGCAUCAGUGGAAGAAAAGGAGUCAGUUAUUGCUGUCGUGGAAGAAAAUGACGCAGCUGUUGUUGCAGAACCCAGUGAUGCAGCUGUGGAAGAAGCAGCUCCUGCACCCAGUGAUGCUCCCGCCAAUGUCUCGAUGGUUUCUGCCACGGGAAUUGUCGAAAGUGUGGUCAGCACACCGGAAAAGGCGGCGAAGGAAGUGGACGAGGAACCUGCAGCGGAAGAGCCACUGGAGGAAACGUCAACCCCACCAAAGGAAGAAGCAACGGCACUUAUGACAGAGGAACCAACCACCGAGGAAUUACCUGCCAGCGAAGAACCACAAGUGGUAGAGGAACCCUCGGCACCAAUGACAGAGGAAGCAGAAAUAGAAGUUUCGACACCAAAGGCAAUCGACGAAUCACCGUCACCAGCUUUGACUGAGGAAGCAGUAGAACCGGUCGCAACUGAGGAAGUAUCAACCGCUGAGGCACCCGCUGUAUUUGAGAAACCAGCGACACCAGCUGAGGAAUCAUCGACGCCUAUGACUGAAGAAGUACCAACAACAGAGGAACCAGCAACAUCGACUGAGACUGAGGAACAAGUGACACCUGCUGGAAGUGAGGAAGUACCAACACCUGAGGAACUAGCAACAUCGGAAGCUCCAACAACGGAGACUGAGGAACCAGCAACGCAAGAAGUACCAACUGAGGAACCAGCGACACAAGAAGUACCAACUGAGGAACCAGCGUCACAAGAAGUACCAACUGAGGAACCAGCGGCGGAAGAACCUACCGCUGCGGCUGUGACCGAGGAACCAAAAGACGAGUCUGAGCAUUCUCUUGAAGUCGCUGGAGACGAUCUGGAAGCUGAUGGCGACCAUGACGCAAAGGAGGCGUCGACCUCGUCGUUGCUACGACAAGAAGGAGUCGUGGAAACUCAAGAUGAAACACCUGAAGCUCCGAGCGAAGGCGUUACCAGCGAGCCACAAGGUUCUCAAAAAGGUGCGGAGGAAGCUCCAGCCGACCGUGUCCAAGAAGGUGUUGCCAGUGAACAAGAAACUUCUCAAGAAGACCCCGUCUCUACCCAAGUUAAGGAAAGUGCAUCGCAAAUUCCUGAAAUUGGUGAGGAUACUCCUUCUCGAGGAGAAUCUCCGCAAGUCCAAGCCAAGAAAACCGUCCAGGUUGAACCUGAAUCCAAGCCUGAGUCACCGAGCGAAGUUGUUGUGGUGGAACCAGAAGGUGUGGUAGCCAAGACUACUGAGACUGCUCCCCAAGACUCUCCUGCCCCUGUUGCUCCAGUUGUGAGUGACGGCGUGGCGGAAGAUCAGCCCAAUGAUGCAGCUCCUGCAAUGGCCGUUGAUACCAGCGCGGCACCCAUGGAAGAUUCGGCUGCCCCUUCUACUCCGGUUGGCGACCAAUCAGUUUCAUCCGCAUCCACUGCCAUGGAAUCUCCAAGACCACUUGAUGCUGUUGAGCUUGCUCGCAUGGAGCAAGCAACUCCGGUCAAGCCUGCUGCAUCUGUAGCUGCUACACCACCAACUCCCGAUGCUGUGGAACGCGCUCGUUUGGAGCAGCAAACGCCUGUCAAGAGAAAGCUCAAUGCCGCUGCCGAUGAUGCUACCACCAAGCAACCCAAGGCCGAUGCCAGCGACAAUGCUGCUGCCACUGAUGAGAACACGGACCCUCAAAACUGUCCUUCUCCUAGCUCGGUAAUGGAUACUGAACUAGAGGACGGUGAAGGGAAAGUCGUCAAGAAACUAUGUGCCCUCAAGGAAAAUCGAAAGCUUCGCUUUGCGGAUGAGGAAGGCCAUGCCUUGACCAAGGAACACGUUAUCGAACGUGAAGCCAACUAUGCCUCCAGGAUCGUGGUCAUGUUGCUCAGUCCCCGGGACCGCAAGUUUGAAUUCUUGCACGCUGAAUACCCACUGGACGCGUCGACUACCGUUCAAGUGCUGUUAGAACAAGUUCCUUUGCUGGCAACCAAUGAUGCUUUCCGUACCAAGAAAUUCAAUGCUCUUUUGCAAACCGAGAAUUCGCGUCAAUUGGACAACGCCUUGGCGCUUCAAGAUUACUGCUUUAAGGAAUCAGAGAUCGUCCUUGGCAUCCCUGAUGACUUUACAGUAGCCAACAUGACCAAGAUGGCUGUCCCUCUUUUGCUCAACAAGAAGUUGAUGAAGACGGUCAAGCAAGCUAUUCGCAAGGGUCGUGGGCUCAAGACGGUUCAAAGUGGAGAGGAAUGGAGGAAAUAA